UGCUUUUUUCUUUCAAGUUGCAAUGUUUCUGAGUUAGUCAUUUAAAUGACAUUAUUAUUUUAUCAAUUUUCUUAUAUUAUAAAAUUUAUAAGGGAAAUAAAAGUGAUACAUUAUUUAAAAAUUAAUAUUCUAUAAUUUCAUCAAUACAAUGGUCACAUUAAUAAAAACAAGAGGUUUACGUAUGUCUGCACAGAAGCAGGAAACACUUUUAAAGUUAACUGUGUUAUCUCUUGCAGCAAUUUUAUCUUUUGCAACAAGAUUAUUCUCUGUCUUAAGAUUUGAGAGUGUUAUUCAUGAAUUUGAUCCAUAUUUUAAUUAUCGCACAACAAAGUAUUUAGCAGAAAAUGGAUUUUAUAGUUUUCAUAAUUGGUUUGAUGAUCGUGUUUGGUAUCCUCUUGGAAGGAUAAUUGGAGGAACAAUAUAUCCAGGAUUAAUGAUAACAUCAGCAGCAUUAUAUCAUCUUUCAUGGUUAUUAAAUAUUACCUUAGAUAUACGUACUAUUUGUGUCUUCCUUGCUCCAUUAUUUUCUAGCUUGACCACAAUUAUUACUUAUUUACUUACCAAAGAAUUGAAGGAUUCUGCAUCGGGAUUGUUUGCUGCAGCUAUGAUAGCAAUUGUUCCUGGUUAUAUAUCACGAUCAGUGGCAGGAUCUUAUGAUAAUGAAGGCAUAGCUAUUUUUUGUAUGUUAUUUACAUAUUAUAUGUGGAUCAAAGCAGUUAAAACUGGAGCAAUUUGUUGGGCAACCUGUGCUGCUCUUGCAUAUUUUUAUAUGGUGUCUUCUUGGGGUGGCUAUGUAUUCCUAAUUAAUUUAAUUCCUUUACAUGUAUUAACCUUAAUGGUGACUGGCAGAUUUUCUCAUAGAAUAUACAUUGCAUAUAGCAUUCUAUAUUGUUUAGGAACAAUUUUAUCUAUGCAAAUAUCCUUUGUUGGUUUUCAACCUGUUCAGAGUUCUGAACACAUGCUUGCAUUGGGAGUAUUUGGACUUUGUCAGAUUCAUGCUCUAGUUGAUUAUUUACGUAGUAAAAUGUCACAAGAUGAUUUUGAAAUUUUAUUCCGUGGUCUUGUUAUUUCUGUAGUUACCAUAUCGUUUCUAUUAGGUGUUAUUUUAACUAUUACAGGAAAAAUAUCACCAUGGACUGGUCGUUUUUAUUCUCUUUUGGAUCCAUCCUAUGCAAAAAACCACAUACCAAUAAUUGCUUCUGUUUCUGAACAUCAGCCAACAUCAUGGAGUUCUUUUUAUUUUGAUCUCCAGAUUUUAGUAUUUCUAUUUCCUUUAGGAUUAUAUUUCUGUUUCUCAAAGUUAACAGAUUCGAAUAUUUUUCUCAUUUUAUAUGGAGUCACAAGUCUAUACUUUGCUGGUGUAAUGGUUCGUCUAAUGUUAGUACUUGCUCCUGUAAUGUGUAUUUUGAGUGGAAUUGGAGCAUCUUCUUUACUUGUUACUUAUAUGAAACAAGUAGAAAGAGGAAAAAUUAGUGAUAAGAAGUUAAAAAAAUUUGAAAGUAAUUACAUACUUAGAAGUGAGAUUGCUACACUCUUCAUAACAGUAAUGUGCAUUCUCUUUUUUUCGUAUACCAUUCAUUGUACAUGGGUUACAGCAGAAGCCUAUAGCUCGCCUAGUAUUGUGUUAUCGGCACGUUCUCCAGAUGGUGGUCGCAUGAUUUUUGAUGAUUUUAGAGAAGCAUAUUAUUGGUUACGCAUGAAUACGCCAGAAAAUGCUAAAGUAAUGUCUUGGUGGGAUUAUGGAUAUCAGAUUACAGCAAUGGCAAAUCGUACAAUUUUAGUAGACAAUAAUACAUGGAACAAUACUCACAUAUCAAGAGUUGGUCAAGCAAUGGCAAGUUCUGAAGAAAAAGCUUACGAAAUAAUGAGAGAGUUAGACGUUAAUUAUGUUCUUGUUAUUUUUGGAGGACUUACAGGCUAUUCGUCAGAUGAUAUUAACAAGUUCCUAUGGAUGGUGCGUAUUGGCGGAAGCACUGAAAAAGGAAAAUCUAUAACAGAAUGGGAUUAUUAUAACUCUGCAGGAGAGUUUCGUGUUGAUAAAGAAGGUUCUCCAAUUUUGCUCAAUUGUCUUAUGUAUAAAAUGUGUUACUACAGAUUUGGUCAAAUUUAUACAGAAGGAGGAAAACCUUCUGGUUAUGAUAGAGUUAGAAAUAUGGAAAUUGGUAAUAAAGAUUUUGAAUUAAACAUGUUAGAAGAAGCCUACACUACAGAACAUUGGCUUGUUCGGAUUUAUAAAGUAAAAGACUUGAGAAACAGGGGAAUCUAAAAAAAAAUAUUAAAAAUAAAAAUAUAGAUUAAUAAUAAAAAAAUAAUAUUGCAUUUCUCUAAACAGUUCCAUAAUUUUAUUUGCUUAUAAAUUUUUAUAAUUGUCUAUAAGAUAUCAACAUGGUACUAAAUACAGAAUUACAUAUUUCCAUUAAUCAUCAGUAUAAUUAAAAUUUUUAUAAAAGACAUA